AAAUACAUAUUGCAAAUCGAUCAGGAGAUUUUUAAUUUUCUUACUGUCAAAAUAUCUGGGAGAAGAGUAGGACCGAUAAUUCUAUUGCUUGUACGAACUGUUUAUUUUUUGUAAUAUUUUUAUUUCUUGUCAUAUAUUCAUGUAAUAUUGUCAUCAUUUAAUUUCAGUUCGUACAAGUUCUCGUUUAUUAUCGUAAAGCAACCUCGUUGAUUUUGUGGCACAAAAAACAUUUCAGCAGCCGAGACUCGAUCCGGCGACCUCGCGCUUAUGAAAUAGCGUGCUUGCUCGCCGCGCCACGCGCUCCUUCGAAUUGUGUAACGUACAAAGUAUAUGAAAAUUUGAAAAUCGGUUUUCUCGGAAUUGGCUGCAAAGCGUGCCUUACUACUUGUACCUGUUGAUGUUUUAGUCAUGGCCUACACAUAUACUGAAAAUGGAUCAAAUCGAUUGGGGAACGUUGGUAGCCUCCCCUUGUAAGACGUGGCCACUAGAGUUCAAUUUCUAUAUUCCGAAUAUGUUCUGCAGUACAUUCAAUCUUUGAAACUUGGUUUAAAUAUAUAUUCAAUAUAUACUGAGCAUAUCCUGAGGAUAUACGAUAAAUAACGUAUCACAAAGAUGUUAUACAAAUAUUCUCAGUAUAUUCCUUAUAUUCCGUAUGAUCACAGUACAUAUAGUAUGAGUAUAGAAUAUUCGUAUGAUAUCAUGUGCUGUUAGGGUAUAGAAUUGAUAAGUAUAGAUAAGAUAAGCAGUUACAUAGUGCACAAACUUACUAUGGAAUUGAUAAGUAUAGAUAAGAUAAGUAAUUAACAAAUAACGAUGCUUACCAAUUCAAAUUACAUAAACUCAGCUUUUAACAAACUUGCUAUAAGUCAUAAUCAUGAUAAAAAAAAGUAGUUCGCAUCGGGAAUUUGUUCAGAAAACGUUGGUAGUACAAUCGUAAACAUGUAUUUUUUCCGACUUUGUUAUAACUCGCAACCUGCAAUGUGCACAUUUAUAACAUUAUUUCUAAUACACAUCAGCGUACAGUUCUGUGCAGCAUCUUACCGGUUAUCGGCAUCUGGAUCAGCUGCUUCAACAGGUCAGGGAGCUAUUCAACUCUCAUCGCCAGAAGAUUGUGUACGAGAAUGUAAAGACGGAGAGUCACCGAAGAAUUGUUAUUAUCAUUUUACUCUUGAAUACUAUACGACAAAUAAUAUUGCAUGCAACUACUGUAAUACAUCAAGAACUACUUCAGGAAUUAAUUCAUCAUGUGAAUGCGUCAUUGCUGAUGGAAUCGAAAAAACAAUAUUUACCAUUAACCGUAUGAUUCCAGGUCCAAGUAUCCAAGUCUGCAGAGGCGACUAUCUUAUAAUAGAUGUACAAAAUGAUGCUGAAGGUCUUGAGGCAAGUAUACAUUGGCAUGGAGUUUUUCAAAAUGGAUAUCAAUAUUAUGAUGGUGUACCUUAUUUGACGCAGUGUCCUAUUUUAUCAGCUGACACUUUCAGGUAUCAAUAUAGGAUUAAAAAUUCAGGCACGCAUUUUUAUCAUGCUCACAUAUCAGUACAUAUGAUUGAUGGACAGUAUGGAUCUCUCAUUGUACGCGAUCCACCAAGUGCAAAUCCUCAUUACAAUUUAUACGAUGAAGAUCUUCCAGAACACGUAAUUGUUAUCAGUGAUUGGAUGCAUGAGUUAUCAUUGGAACGUUAUCCUGGUCGAUAUAGGAAUAAUCGUGGGCAAGAUCCAGAUAACUAUUUAAUAAACGGUAGAGGUAAUUGGACGGAUCCUGCAACUGGAGUAAGUACAAACGUCCCACUUUCAAUGUUUAUAGUUAAAAGUGGGAAAAGAUAUAGAUUUCGUAUGAUUGACGCAUCUAGUACAGUUUGCUUAAUUGAGGUAACAAUCGAGAAGCAUUCCAUGCAAAUAAUUGCCACGGAUGGUGAAAACGUGGAACCAGUUGUGGUAGAUGCAAUUACUAUGGCUUCAGGUGAACGUGUUGAUUUCGUUUUACACGCAAACCAAACUCCUGGUUAUUAUUGGCUACAUGUACGUGGGCUUGGCGAAUGUGAGGAAAGUAGUAUAUAUCAAUUAGCAAUCCUUGCCUAUCAGAACAGUUCCGAAUUAUCAAUGUCACCUAAUCCGGGAUAUUCUGGUUUCUCUGGAAGAGUUUUUAAUCCAUCAAAUUCAACGGAUUGUGGAUAUGACGUUUGUGUGACUCAGUUACAGAAAAUCUACCUUCCAGGCGAAAAUGAAGUACCGUUGCGUCGAAAAGCAAAUACCUUUCUUCUAAUGUCUUUUGAUUUUUUUGACUAUAAUGCACAAUUGAGUUUAUUAUUUAAUACACAAAAUCAGGAUUAUAAAAGAUUUUAUGUUUCUCCAACCGGAAGUUAUCUAGAUAGCUUAAUGAGCAAUAUUUCAUAUCAAGAUCCACCAGGACCUCUUAUCUCACAGAAUGAUGGAUACGAAUUUAUGUGUGGAGAUCGUUAUACACCAUCUACGUGUACGGAACCUUGCAGUUGUGCUCACGUUUAUAAUCUGCGAAAGAACGCAAUUGUGGAUAUAAUGGUAUAUGAUAAAGGACCUCGGCCAAAUUUGAACCAUCCAUUUCACUUACAUGGUUAUAGUUUUUGUGUAUUGGAAGCUGGUCAAUUUGUUAACGCAAGUAAUAAGGAUGAUAUAUCGAGUAAUGAUGUACUCCAAGUGAUACAAGUUUACGAACAACACUUGCAAAAUGGCGAUUAUAAAGCUUGUGCUCCAAAAGAUACAAUGAUUGUACCAAAUACUGGCUUUAUCAUCAUUCGCUUCAUAGCAGAUAAUCCAGGAUGGUGGUUUUUUCAUUGCCAUUUUUUGUGGCAUACUGCAACGGGAAUGAAUGUCGUUUUGCAUGUUGGUAAACCAAUUGAUCUUCCAUCGAUACCACCAGAUUUUCCUGAAUGCUACAAUUGGACUCCACCUAAUUAAAUAAUUUUCAUUAAUAACAUAAAUUGUUAUUUUCUUAAAUAAAAGGUUGAUUCUAAAUUUUUAUAUGU